CAGAAACUCAACGUCGCAAGCACUCCCAUGAGUGCCGCGCCGCAUCCUUGUGAACGAUUGCUUUCAGCAACGAACACAAAUGCAAUGCCUGGCCAUGCGCAUUCGAUCCCCAUCAUUUUGGCAUGGAUGUUGAUUGCGAUUCUUGUGGCAGUUCCGUCCGCUGCACAGUCAACCACGUCAUCCGACAACUUUUCCAACUACGGGACGUUCAUCGCUCAGUUGCCUCGAUUGCCUUCCGACGAGACGCCAAUCCUCACUGUGGACUCUAUCUCGUACGAUGCUGUGAAUGGCUUCAACGAAUCUGCCCAGCUUGUGCUCUCAAAUGUAUCCAUCUCGAUGACGGCCGAGUUUACUGUCGUAAUGACGCUGUCAAAGCCAAAUUUCGAGCUUUUCCUGACUGCCCGCAUUCAUGACACUACCACGCAAUGGGCGCCAACUCCUACUAUUCAGAAAACUACACCGCUACUCUUGGGUGCCGUGGCUGCCAACACGUCCGUGGCGAUGGGCGCGACAGGUCUCGUGGAGCUCUCCGACAUUGCGCUGGACGCUUCGGACGUGCUUCAGGUCGACGUGCGGGUGUACGGCGCCGUGGCGUCGGACGUGAGGUCGUCUGUGCUGGCCGUGGAAUCCAUGACCAACUACCCGACCAUGUACUCGGCCGGCGCGUUCGUGAACGGACCGGAAGGUCGUAUGUGGGGACGCUGCCGUAUGCACUUCGGGUGA